CGAAAAAAAAAAAAAAAUGAUAAUAGUUUAGCAAGAAAAAAAUUAUUUUGAACAGCUGCAUAUGCUUUUGUUAGGUGAACCUGCAAAUAUCUGGGUAGGCCACUUGCAUUAGCCUCUUGUGAAGCUAUUCAUUGUUGUUUAAAACAUUCACUUACCGUGCAGAUUAGGCGUUUUUAUCGAGAUUCUGUUUGAUUAGCUCCUGCGAAUUGGGAAGGAAUUAGUAUGGGUAGCUCAUUUGAAUGGCACUGUGAAAGAAGGCCCUUUCCUAAGAAUGAGUCUUUUGCAAGAGACGGUGAAAUUGUGCCGGAAAAUGGGUGCCUUUCUGUUAUCGUGGUCGGUGCUUCCGGUGAUCUUGCUAAGAAAAAGACCUUCCGCGCCCUUUUCAACCUUUUUCGACAGGGGUUUUUGCAGUUGAAUGAAGUUCAUAUAUUCGGUUAUUCGAGGACAAAGCUAUCUGAUGAUGAACUAAGAGAUCGAAUUCGAGGGUAUCUUCCCCAGGAUAAAGAAGUCAAAGAUAACGUUUCAGACUUUCUUCAGCUGAUUAAAUACGUGAGUGGCUCGUACGAUGCUCCUGAAGGUUUUCAAGUAUUAGAUAAGGUAAUAUCCGAGCACGAAACAUCAAAAAACAGUAUAGAAGGAUCUUCCCGAAGACUUUUCUAUCUUGCACUUCCACCGUCUGUUUACCCUCAAGUCUGCAAAAUGAUCAAGAAUUGUUGCAUUAACAGAUCUGAUCUUGGCGGGUGGACUCGUAUAGUUGUUGAGAAGCCCUUUGGCAGGGAUUUAGCUUCAGGAGAGGAGCUGAGCUCUCAGAUUGGAGAAUUAUUCGACGAGCCUCAGAUUUACCGUAUUGAUCAUUAUUUGGGAAAGGAAUUAGUGCAGAACUUGUUGGUAAUCCGUUUUGCAAAUCGCUUCUUUUUACCUCUUUGGAAUCACGACAACAUUGCUAAUGUUCAGGUCAGAUUAUCCGUGAUAUUAUCCAAAACCACCUAUUGCAGACAAAAAACUGUUGUAGUUCUUUUUACCGGAGUUAAAUCAAAAGAUUCGAACACCGGGUCGUGUCUCAAGGAAGACCUCCGCGGCCGCGGCGAACAACAUCUCGCGGCCGCGACUUCCUCCGCGGCCGCGACCUCCCCGAGCCAGAAAUUGGAAUUUACGUGCACCUCGCGGCCGCGACCUCCUCUUCUCCGCGGCCGCGGCGAAGAAUUUCUGAACUUUGGUUUUCGGGUCCUUUGCCUUGUGGCCAUGGAGAAGCCUGUUUCUCUUAAGCCUGAGCAUAUUCGAGAUGAAAAAGUCAAGGUUCUUCAAUCAGUUGUACCUAUAAAAGACGAAGAAGUGGUGCUCGGACAAUAUCAAGGCUAUAAAGAUGAUCCAACAGUUCCGAACAACUCAAAUACUCCUACUUUUGCAACAGUAAUUCUACAUUUACACAAUGAAAGAUGGGAAGGUGUUCCCUUUAUACUCAAGGCAGGAAAAGCUUUAAAUUCGAGAAAAGCAGAAAUACGGGUUCAGUUCAAGGAUGUUCCUGGCGAUAUAUUCAGAAUUCAAAAGCAAGGAAGGAAUGAAUUUGUGAUCCGUUUGCAACCUUCAGAGGCUAUAUACAUGAAGCUUACCGUUAAGCAGCCUGGCUUAAAAAUGUCAACUGCUCAAAGCGAACUCGAUUUGUCAUACAUGCAACGCUACAAAGGGGUUGUUAUACCCGAGGCUUAUGAACGACUAAUUCUCGACACUAUUAAAGGGGAUCAGCAGCAUUUUGUUCGCAGAGACGAGCUGAAGGCUGCCUGGGAAAUUUUCACGCCCCUUGUGCACCGAAUAGAUGAAGGUGAAGUAAAGCCAAUUCCUUAUAAACCCGGCAGCAGGGGCCCUAUUGAGGCAGAUGAACUAUUGGAAAGAGCAGAUGAAACCGGGUUAUCGUGUAAUGAAUGGCGUUUGUUGUGCUACGUUAGAUCGGCGAAUUUGCCGUUUGACGUGCUAACAGAGCAAGAAAAAUGGGAAACGAAGCCUAUGAAGAAGUAUCCGACGACGCCAAUGAACUUGUUCUACUUGAGCAUGUCGGACCCGAUCCUCAAUGGAAUAAUGCAGCAUGCUUUUGAGACUAGCGAGGAACUGGGGAUGAAACUGAAAUAUGAAUAUCAGCUGAACCCAAAAAGACGUGUAGUGUACUGGGGAGAACUCAAUUUUGUUGGGGUUGACGCGCCACCUGGCACUUCUGACGAGUAUAUUUUGAUUGUGCAAUUCCUCCAGACAACCGGAAUAGAUGGCCGGCUGUGUGUGGCAGCCGAAGAAGGAAGGUCUUGCUUUGUUGACAGUAAAUGCCGGGUGAGUGGUCAUGCAUUAAAAGCAAUUAUAGGAAAACUGUCAACUGUUGAUCCUAUACAUAAGGAGUGCACUAAGUUGCAAUACAAAUUACUCGCAGUAAAUAUAUUGCUAGCGUCUGUUUCAUUUUCUUACUACUCAAUACUCAUCAACUACAGUCCGUUUCUGCUCUCUUCACCUUCCAUGGCCAAAAUUAAGAUCGGAAUCAACGGAUUUGGAAGGAUUGGCCGUUUGGUGGCCCGAGUCGCCCUUCAGAGCGAUGACGUGGAGCUUGUUGCUGUCAAUGAUCCAUUCAUUACUACCGACUACAUGACAUAUAUGUUCAAGUACGAUAGCGUUCAUGGUCAAUGGAAAAAACACGAGCUUAAGGUUAAGGAUUCGAAGACCCUGCUCUUUGGUGACAAAUCAGUUACUGUCAUUGGCGCCAGGAAUCCAGAGGAGAUUCCAUGGGGUGAGUUCGGUGCUGAGUUUGUUGUUGAGUCAACCGGGGUUUUCACUGACCAGGACAAAGCUGCUGCUCACAUGAAGGGAGGUGCGAAGAAAGUUGUGAUUUCUGCACCCAGUAAAGAUGCACCAAUGUUUGUUGUUGGGGUGAACGAGAAGGAAUAUAAGCCGGACAUCAAUAUUGUUUCUAAUGCUAGUUGCACGACAAAUUGCUUAGCCCCACUGGCUAAGGUUCUUAAUGAUAGGUUUGGUAUCGUUGAGGGGCUGAUGACAACUGUACAUUCUUUAACUGCAACACAAAAGACUGUCGAUGGUCCUUCAAUGAAGGACUGGAGAGGUGGAAGAGCUGCUUCAUUCAACAUCAUUCCCAGUAGCACUGGAGCUGCUAAGGCUGGAAUUGCACUAAACGGCAAUUUUGUGAAAGUUGUGUCUUGGUACGACAAUGAAUGGGGCUACAGUAACCGUGUCGUUGAUUUGAUUCGUCACAUGGCUUCGGUUGCCUGA